AUUGCUACCAAGCAGAAUCAUGAAUGUAAUUUUUUGGUUAGACCAAGUGAAUCAACUGUUGGGGAAAUAUCUUUGACUGUGAAGUUAGCAUGUAUAGGAGAUGUACAACACUUCAAAAUACUGAGAGAUCCUAGUGGCAGAUAUUUUUUGUGGAGUAGUGCUCCAAGGUUCAACAGCGUCAACAAAUUAGUAGAACAUUACAAAAAGAAUUCAGUUAGUAACAAUGGCAACGUACCAUUAAGAGAA